GCUGAGUGAAGCAGUUGGCAGCUACGGACAAGUGUCAGUUCAGUUUCAUCGCUGCUGUCAAAUGUGGAUGGUGUUUAUGUUUUGUAAAACUAUUUUUGUGAUCGUUUUGCCUAGUUUUUGUUAAUUAUUAUUAUUUUUAUAACUACGCUUUACUUCGUAGUUUUUAACGGUGCAAUAAAAUUGUGAUAUUACCAUUGAAUUUCUUUGAACCAUGUCAGAUGUCAAGAGGUGAAUAAUUUUGUGUUUAGUGUUACUUGUGAGUGACGGUUUUUGAUAUUUUUUUCGGAUUGGGACCGAUAGCUGAAAAGGUGAUCAAAAGUGGGAUGCCCGUUGAAGCCUCAAGAACACAGUGCAAAGUUGUGUGAGUUGACCCUGAUGUGGUUGUGUGCGUGAGUGAUACCAAGUGUCAUGUGUCAGUCAUGGCGCGCGCUGGCGCUGCUGGCGGUGCUGGGGUGGAGCGGCGCGGUGCGCGAGAGCAUGUACCACAACCAGUUCGCGGUGCACGUGCCCGCCGGGGCGCACCACGUGAAUGACAUCGCCGCGAGGCACGGGUUCCUCAACCACGGACAGAUCGGCUCGCUCAAGGGCUACUAUCUGUUGUCACAUCACGAGGUCCGCAAGCGCUCGACAGAGCCCAGUCAUGACCACCACAAGAAAUUAAAUGAUGAACCACAGGUACACUGGGUCCAGCAGCAGCGGGAGCGGAGGCGAGUCAAGCGUGACUACUCGCCGUACGAUGGCAUCUGGCCGCGUCGCUUGCAAUCCCACGGCCGGCCUCAGCAUCCCCGCGCGCUCACCUCGGCCGCAUUCUUCCCUGACCCACUGUUCAAGGAGCAAUGGUAUUUGAACGGUGGUGCAAAAGAUGGCUUAGAUAUGAAUGUGUCACCAGCUUGGCAAAAAGGCUACACAGGCAAAGGCGUUGUAGUAUCAAUCCUAGAUGAUGGAAUACAAACAAAUCAUCCUGAUCUUGCUCAAAACUAUGAUCCUAACGCAUCCACCGACAUUAACGGCAACGACGACGAUCCCAUGCCACAAGACAACGGCGACAACAAACACGGCACGAGGUGCGCUGGAGAGGUAGCCGCCGUUGCAUACAACCAGUACUGCGGAGUAGGCAUCGCGUACAACGCCAGCAUAGGCGGCGUGAGGAUGUUGGAUGGCGUGGUCAACGAUGCAGUCGAGGCUAGGGCCCUGGGGCUCAACCCGGACCAUAUUGAUGUGUACAGCGCCUCGUGGGGACCUGAGGAUGACGGCAAGACGGUUGAUGGUCCGGGGCCGUUAGCACGGAGGGCAUUUAUUUACGGAGUCACGAGUGGUCGCAGAGGUAAAGGAUCUAUCUUCGUAUGGGCAUCAGGAAACGGUGGACGACACACGGAUUCCUGCAACUGCGAUGGUUAUACUAAUAGUAUAUUCACGCUAUCUAUCUCCAGCGCUACUCAAGGAGGGUAUAAACCCUGGUAUUUAGAAGAAUGCUCUUCGACUUUGGCUACAACGUACAGUUCAGGCACUCCAGGCCACGAUAAGAGUGUAGCCACUGUUGAUAUGGAUGGCAGGUUAAGACCUGAUCAUAUUUGUACAGUAGAACACACAGGGACUUCUGCGUCUGCUCCCCUCGCCGCCGGAAUUUGUGCUUUGGCGCUAGAAGCUAACCCAGACUUAACUUGGAGAGAUAUGCAAUAUUUAGUAGUUCUAACAUCACGCCCUCAACCUUUAGAAAGAGAAACAGGCUGGAUAGUCAAUGGUGUCAAAAGGAAAGUUAGUCACAAAUUCGGAUAUGGCCUCAUGGAUGCGUCUGAGAUGGUGAAUUUAGCAGAACAAUGGGUGUCAGUUCCUCCUCAACAUAUAUGUAAAUCUCAAGAAAUCAAUGAAGACAAAUCAAUCGAAUCCACUUUUGGCUAUACGUUAUCGGUGCAUAUGGACGUAAAUGGUUGUGGUGGUACAGUCAACGAAGUGCGAUAUCUCGAACAUGUCCAAUGUAAAAUAUCGUUAAGAUUCUUCCCUCGCGGUAAUUUGCGUAUAGUACUUAAAUCCCCUAUGGGUACUGUAUCGACUUUGCUUUUUGAAAGGCCACGUGAUGUAGUGAGCUCGAACUUUGAUGAGUGGCCGUUCCUUAGCGUUCACUUCUGGGGUGAACAAGCAGAAGGAAGAUGGACAUUGCAGAUCAUCAACGGUGGCAACAGACACGUUAACCAGGCGGGUAUACUAAAGAAAUGGCAACUUAUAUUUUAUGGAACAAAUAUAGACCCAGUGAGACUGCGUAAUAAGAGACCAUUGCCCGGAUCCCCUCCGUUAGCGUUCCCAACUGCCGCAGACGGUUACGAAGCUAUCGGGGAUUCUUUUUACAAUACUGACGCGUUUGCCAACUAUCAGAACUUUCCGACGCUAUUCGCCGCCGGCUCAGACCCGGAGAAGGCGGUAGCUCGGCUUGACGGACACAACGUCCCUUCACCGCAGGGGGAGAGUGUCCUGGCUGAUAGCAACGACAGGCGCGUCGUGCAUGACUGUGAUCCCGAAUGCGAUCCUCAAGGCUGCUAUGGCAAAGGACCUACUCAAUGCAUUGCUUGUAAGCACUAUAGAUUGGACGACGCCUGCGUUUCACGGUGUCCUCCUAGGAGCUACGCUAACCAGGGCGGAGUGUGCUGGCAGUGUCACGAAUCUUGUGAGACGUGCGUCGGACCCGGAUUGGACUCUUGUUUGACUUGUGCGCCUGCUCAUUUGCUAGUAGCAGAUUUAGCAGUUUGCUUGCAGCAAUGCCCAGAUGGCUAUUGGGAGGACAGUGACUCCUCGGUUUGUCGUCCGUGUGCUGCUCAUUGCGCGACUUGCUCCGAAAGAGCGGACUCUUGCAAUUCCUGCGAUCACCAUUUGCUACUUCACAGCGGUACAUGCUUGACUUCUUGCCCACCAUCUUACUAUGAAACCGAUGACUAUGGUUGCGCCAAGUGCCAUCCCUCUUGCGAUACUUGUACUGGUCCGGGAGAGUCACAGUGCGUUACAUGUUACGCUUCCCACUACGCAAUAAAUGGACAAUGUAACACUUCAUGCCCUUCUGGAUACUAUGCUGAUAAGAAAAGAAGGGAAUGCGUCAAAUGUCCCGUAGGUUGUUCAGCAUGCACAAACGGUUUAUGCUUGGCCUGCGAGCCCAAAUGGGAGCUCAACAAGAAGGGCAAGUGUGUGCUGCUGGGCGGCGACCAGUGCACGUCGACCGAGUUCAUCGACGAGGGACAGUGCAGACAGUGUCAUUCUGCCUGUGACACGUGUUACGGGGGUGACGAAGAGCAUUGUUUGACGUGUCCGUCACCGAACCUGUUGCAGGAUAACAACAGAUGCGUCACCGACUGCGCUCGGGGCUUCUACUCAGAGGCGGGCCGCUGCGCGCGCUGCACUCACGGCUGCUCAGCGUGUGUAUCGAGGCUCAACUGCACGGCCUGUGCUGGUGCUCUGCGGUUGCAGUCCGGGUCAUGUCGGGCCACUUGUGCUGACGGGUACUAUGCAGAUCGCGGGACAUGUACCAAAUGCUACCUCUCUUGUCGAACAUGUAUCGGGCCGCGGCGCGACCAGUGCGCCUCGUGCCCCGCAGGCUGGAGGCUUGCGGCCGGCGAGUGUCACCCUGAAUGUCCACAGGGUUUCUACCAAACCUCCGACGGCUGCCGUCGCUGCCAUCACUACUGCCGCGAGUGUGACGGCUCCGGCCCGCUCCACUGCAAGUCGUGCCCGCCUCUCUUCAUGCUCGACGGCGGGCUGUGCAUGGAGUGUCUCGGCUCGCAGUACUACGAUGCGAGCAUCGGCAUGUGUAAAGCGUGCGAUGCUAGCUGCAGGACUUGCUCCGGCCCGGGACAGUUUAGUUGCACGGGGUGCUCCAGGCCGCUGCGACUCGACAGGCUUAACAACCAAUGCGUGACGUGCUGCGCGGACCGUGGUACCGCCGCCAACACGACGGCUAUCGACUGCUGUCACUGUCACCCUGAAACAGGGGAGUGCAUAAAUUCAUCCGUGGCGGGCAAACGCCGGAUCGCCGAGUACGGCGCGCUGCGCACGGAGCCCGUGCGCGCGGCACCGGGCGUCGCUGCGGUCGUCCUCGCCGUAUGCGCCGCCGCCACUGUUCUGUUCCUCACUGUGCUGCUGGUGUUACAGGCUCGCACCAAACGUGAGCCCGUCACCCGGUCCCGAGGCGUCGUAUACUCGCCCCUAGCCUGCACUGACGACGGCGAGGUCUGCGUGCUGACCACCCGAAGCGCCUGCCCCGUCAAACUCGAGCACACGCUCGAGCACCAACUCGAGCACCACGAGUCCGAGCUCGAGCACGAGCCCCUGCUCGAGCAACGCACGUAGCGCGCUGUGAUCAUAGCAGUAAGUUGGGGUAUUUCCCACUAGUUCUCUCUCCGUAUUGUGUCGUUCUCGGUGCCCUUUAGCGUGUAUUGUCACUUGUAUUUUGCGCGCGGCCCGCGCAUUUACCUAUGAAACGGGCCACUUUUUGGUGCCUAUUGACCAAAUGGUACGUAAUUAUUGUCCGAAUAUGUACCGUAUCCCUUAAGAAUUUAGGUUUAUGGAACGAAGGGGAAGUACCCGUUUGUACACGUGGAUUACUAGUGAAUCCGACGUGGAACAAAAAGCGGGAGAGCCCGAUAGUGUAAGUCACAACGUUAGUAAUACGAAUUUGAAUUUGGAUUUUUAUGUAUUGUUGAUAUUUUAGUGCCUAUCGUGUUUUAGAGAAUUGUAUGUGUGGAAUUUGAGGUAUUUCAGACUAGCGUUUUUCUCUAUUACCUAAAAUCGUUUCGCGUUAUAUGCGCUUAUUACCUACACCGUGUUCACUGGAAGAGAUGCUAGCUUCUAAAACAUAAACGCAAGUCAUACGCGUGUAUAGAAAAUAGUUUAUAACCGCAGAAAAAAUGAUAGUCUGAAAACGCUCUAUGCCCCCGAAAGCGCGCUGUUAAACUGUUUUUAAAAUAUCAGAUUGGUUUACAAAUAACGAAUGCAUAAUUAUAUCCCCAAAAAGUUCACGACCGGUACUUGAGUGCCCAAUUAGUGUAUAUAUAUAAUUAUAGCUAGCUAGAUAUGAAUUGUAAUUGAACAAAAUUAAAAUGUGGAGGUCAACGCCCUCUGUUAUACCAACAUCGGUAUUGUGAUAUGGAGUAUCUACCUGUAAUAUUGAUUAGCCUAAUGUUUGCUGUUGCCUUGUUUGUGUAUACCUAAUACAAGUUUCUCGUGCCUAUCGUGUGUACUCUGUUUUAAACUUUACGUUAAGCAUGUUUCCUUGAAGUGUUUAUGUUCCAUCGUUCUAUGCUUACACUUCGUAUAUAAAUACGAAGUCGGGAGUCUACUUAAUCAAGUUAAAUUAUUAUAUCUUCACAUGAUUGUUACCUGAGAUUUUCACCUGCAAAAUUUUACGUAGGUUUUAGAAGUGGUUAAAACUAUGUAGAACUACUUCUAAGACAUUUUAGCAUUGUUUAAGUAAAUAACCCUUUAUGUUCUUUUGCAACUAAGUGCAUACGUCUUGCCUGGAAUUAUCUUUCUGCAUCCAAUGUAUAUUAAUUUACCAAUCGUAAUGUAACAUUGUCAAACUUGAAUACAAUGUUAAUAAGUAACACAGCGUCAAGUCAAGAGUAACCUACAUUUGAAACUGAUAGAGAAACUUGGUCUGGUAGCCAACUACGACUAAGUUUAGUUAGUCACUUUCAAUGUUAUAUCUCUUUGACCUCGCUUUCAAAUUUAGUAGAUACUGGCGCUACAGUUUCAGUGAGUGAUAUAACUGAUAUAUUAUCUUAUGGUAAUUGGCAGCAGCAAACAAGUCGGGCGAACUAAGCCAUAGUCGAUGCCAGAUGAUUCGUCAGACGUAAGACGACUCGAACUCAUUUGUAUACGUCACAAUCGCAUCUUUUCUCAAAUGCCUAAGCUUAAUCACACACAACUGAACUACGAAAUGCAUGGAUUCUCAAACGAACAGUUGAACACGAGUAGUACAUAUGGUGUCGUAUCGCCUACAACGAACGCUACAUCUGAUACCAAGAAUCAUUGUUCAAAGUUCAACUGCGCAUGUCUGUUAUAGUUCCGUUGUCUGUGGCUUAAUAUACUUUUUAUGUAGUACGUAGGACACAAAGUUACCAUAGUUAUUACUUUAAUGAAUUGUACAAUUUAUCCCGUCAGCCCCGUAUGAAGUUUAUUAGGAAAAAAUAUAUUUCGCUUCCGUAACUUGUUUUCUCUUAGUUGUGAAGUAUAGUUUUAGUAUAGUUAGUAAAAUUAUAACCGCUUAUUUCAUAAUGCCAUGCUGUGUGGACAUUUUAGCAUUGAUUUUGCAUUAGGACCUUAAUCCACUUACUGGUGGUGGCGCCAACGACCGCAGUGGGUGGUUGCAGGCGUUAUGAUGCCAAGCACCCGUGGUAAAAUGCGAUUUUAAAAUAUUCAUGAUAACUUUUGAAACUUCAGAUUGAUUUCGGAACAUUAUAUUUUAUUGAGACCAUGAAAUCGUACAAUUUUGCAGUUUAUUAUAUUUUAUAUAUUUUGCUCUGGGCGAAAAUGGACAGAUAUACCUACACUAAAGUCAGUUUAGGUAGGUGAAACACAGUUAAUUUUAAAUGUGAUAAGGAAUAACAAAAUCACACAAUCCUUAUAGUAUUCCACUUAUCUCGGUGUUUCGCUAACAUAAUAUAGGUAAUUUAACUUCGAAUUUUUCUAACUUGUUUCUUCGACCUAUUUUUAAAAGAGUAAGGUCACAAAAUAUUAUUAAAUGAUAUGGAUUAUGUAUAGUUUAUCAAGACAACUAAACAUAUUUGAAAUCCAAGCAGUGUUUACAUUAUAGACAUUAUAGUAAUACUAUGUUUUCUUAACUCUUGAACCAAAUUUUACUCCCUUACUUUACGAAACCAUUCUUAUUUGGCGACUAAUUGGCGUAUGUAGGAUGGUUGUAUUAGAUAUGGGGAAUGUAUAUGAUAUGGGAUCCUAAUAUUUUUAUUUCAUUUAUAAUGCGAUGAGCGGUAAAAUCGUAAAGUCUUUAGUCAUAUGUAUGAGAAAGGUAAACUAAAUUUAAUUCAUAAUGAAAUUCUGUAAGAUUUUUAUUCGAGUUCAAAGAGUUAAGAACUUACUUGCUUAUUGUAAACGCCCCUAGAUACGUGUACGAUUUAUAAAAAUACUAUCCAAUGUCUGUGGUAUUAUAAUUCUAACCGUCGCGGGGGCUUUUUGAAUCCAUGACAUUUGUUUAAAAGCCGACUAUUGUAUGGUGAUUGUAUGUUUCGUCUAUAACGUUGCCUUUAGCGGAUGCUUUUCUUAAAUUCGAAUAGCUUCACGCGACGAUUCUGAUUGAUUUGUACAUGUUGUCAUAUUAAGUUUGGAUUUAUUAUCGAAAAACAUGUCAAAACAGGCAAUUGUAAUUCAGCCACAGUAUGCGGACAAUCAAAGAUGCAACGUUACCACUCCCAUUUACCGACAUGUGUAUUAACUGUAAUAAUUGUUAAACUAUUGAUUAAAUGUGAUUACAAAUGACAAUUUACUAUUGUUAAGGAUUUAUCACACUGUAAUACAUUUUGCUGUGUCAACGACUUUUGGGCUUCGGUAUGAUUGAUCACUUAGUCACAAAACCAUUUAUAUUACUACAGUCCGCCACUUGUUGAAGUGUCUUUAAGAUUUUAUAAAUAUUUUACCUGAGUUGUGUGUCGAUAGAUGGCGUUGUCUCUAAAACAGACGGGCGUCAAUCCAUUAAAUUAAAAUCGAGAGACGCUUCAACAACUCACGUUCUGUAAGUAAUUUGACUCUCUCUAUUUUUCAAUUUUAUUUGUCAGUUUUGUAAUUAUGAAUUAGGUAUACAUUUGAAAAUAAUAUAAUUAUAUUUGUCUUGGCGAAAUUGUAUCAAUUUGUUUUUAGUAGAAUUAAUUUUAAGUAGGUACUUGAAUUAUUAAUCAUUUGAUCUUGACAUCUGACUCAAAACAGAGUUUAUUGAAUAUUAGUGCCUACGAAAAUUUAUAGUAAGAUGAUUUUACGUUAGUCAAAACUGUAUUACAUAUUUGUCCGAUAAAACAUGGUAUUUAUUACAGUUUUACAGUUUCAUUUUAAUGGGAAUAUUUUUAAUUAAAACUAUAUUUUUGUAUGAAAAGAUCUUAUGUGCAAUUAUAAAUAUUUGUAAUAAAAAAGUAUGCGUCAA